CACGAAGACGUUCAUUAGACUUAUGGCCUUACGAUGGCAGAGGACAAAGGUAACUCCGUGAAAGUGGGCAAUUUAUUGUUGUAUUUCGUCACACUAACAAAUUUCGUUGCCUUGGUAACCUUCAUUGUUUACUACUCGCAGUAUGGAGGGACAUGUUGCUCUCAUGAGACAACAACUGAGGACAUCUACAGCAGGAUAGUGGCUGAUGUAAAGUCCCUUUUUCAAGGCCGAAACACUAGGAAUGCGGAAAAUACUGUUCUGUUGCCAUUUAGAAAUAACAUUGUAAAUGAGUGCAAGGAAGCGGCCAGAGCGGAGACCUUGGCAUUGAUCAAGGAAGCGGCGGCUCACGUGAAGUUUGGGGGAAGUCGGGUUGCGUCAAAGAAACGUCAGACAGCCGCGGGCGGAAAUGACCUCUCCGCCAUCUUUGAAGCCAUCGCAAAGAGUGAGAUUGAUAUACUGACGCAAUACUGCGGGAAUGAUAGCAAGAUUUGUUUACCAGGGGAAAAGGGGGAUAAAGGGGACAAAGGUGCAGACGGCUAUUUCGGGUUACCCGGAAUCAAUGGCGGCCCUGGCCCCAUGGGACCUCAAGGGAACAAAGGCGAGUCUGGUGCAAUCGGUCCGAAAGGGGAAAAUGGAACUCAAGGUCAGAAAGGUGAGCCAGGUCAGGACGGUGCUUUCGGCAUUCCAGGAAUAAAUGGAGCGAUGGGCCCGAUGGGCCCUCAAGGCAACAAAGGAGAGGUGGGAAGCCCAGGUCAGAAAGGAGAUAAAGGAGAUGCGGGGUUGAAAGGGCCAGAUGGGCCCACAGGACCUGAAGGGCCAAACGGACCGCAGGGACCACAAGGACCAAAAGGAGAAACCGGAACCAACGGUCUGCCGGGGACCCCGGGUGUUCCAGGUCUGCCGGGCACCAGGGGACCGAAAGGGGAUUCAGCCUUUACCAGCACAGCAUCCGGGUCUGGGGGUGAAUGUUGCACGAGUCUGGUUGCCCCCGAUUUCUCGACGAGUGUUGAAGAAAUUCGCACGACAGAAGGUUCCAACGUUACUUUGAACUGCGACGCAAGCGGCUACCCCCUUCCAGUAAUCACAUGGACCCCACCUCCGGGCACCAUUGACCCAGUCAGGACGACCUUGACCUCGACCGGACUGAACUUCGUUGACCUGCGCGUAACCGAUGGGCAGACUCUGUCUUGUUUGGCACAGAAUGCUCUUGGGGAUUCCCAAAAACAGUUCGUUCUAAGAGUUUACAAGCACCUCGUUUUUACGGAGGUCCCACAGAAUCACACAGUGAUGGUGGGAAACCCUGUAACAUUGGAGUGCAAAGUGGACGGACCCCUCGACCCUCAAAUCAAGUGGUAUAAGGUCUUGGCAGGCGGAACCCGCUUCCCGAUCACUGACGGCGUGGUGCCCAUUGCGAACGGCUCCCAGCUUCACAUCGAUCACGUGAGCGCUGGUAUACAGGGCGAGUACGUGUGCGAGGGUACCAACGGCGUGGAGAAGGUCGCCAUGUCAGCCUUCAUCAACACCUACGGUCCCCCGCACAUCAAGCCACCAGCAACGGUGGUCGCCAUGAAAGGGGAAACAGUGAGGCUUAGGUGCGAGGCGGAGGCACACCCACCCGCUAAUAUCACGUGGAACUUUCCGCCCGGUGUUACAAACGCUUAUGUGGACAUUGACGGUACUCUGGUGGUCGUGGACGCUCAGGCCAAAGACUCGAGGUACUUUUUGUGUAUCGCCACCAAUACGUAUGGGACGGAUCAGGCACAGCUAAAUCUGGUUGUAAAAUCUCCACCGGAAGUAACUGUCUCCCCGAACAGGAUACCAGUGACUCCCGGAUCUACCACAAUUGCAAUCCAGUGCUCAGCUGAUGGAGAUCAGCCGAUGACUAUAGAGUGGUUCAAAGACGGUGCGCGUAUCAGCAACAACGGACACGUGUUCUUGCUGCCAGGCAACGUGUUGUUAAUUAACCAGGCGACGUUUGCAGACUUUGGGGAAUACUCGUGCAAGGCCUCAAACAUAAAUGGCAAUAUGUCUGCUACUAGCAUUGCAUACAAAGACGUAGGAACGGUUGCCUGCUCGUCAUCUUUUAACACUUGCCUCGAACCAAUUUGCGGGGCUGAGUGUCCAGGGGGUUGCUAUGCCUACCCAGCCAGCGUAUCCGGAGGACCAGUUGUGUACACAGAGCUAUCAGCCAUUUGCAAGGCGGCCAUACAGAGCGGGGUAAUAACACCCAGUGGUGGUACGGUGAUCUGGCGACCCCAGGGUGGUGGGUCCGUGUUCUUGUACGGCGUGCAGUUACCCACCACAACGACCCGGAUACCCCCUACGAUCGGAGGAUAAAGAGUUGGGCUGUGAAAUGUGUUUACAAACUGUGUUUGUUGUCUAAUACCUCUUCGUCUGUUCAGUAAUAAACAAUAACACCAUA